UCUGGCUCCAAUUUGCCUCUACUGCCUCUUCAAGCGCAGGCAAGAUGGCAGCUUCCAUUUCGGCCAUAUUUUGGCUUUAAAACGCCUUAAUGAGAGUAAAUGGGGACCGUCCAGUCCAUACUUUUAUACAGUCUAUAAUCACAACCCAAACUCCACAACGCGCCAAGCAGCACAUUUUUAGUUGCUGCGGAAGCACAGCUCAUUUAGGCUCAGCUCAGCUCACCUCAGGACUUGUUGUGCUACUAAGAUAUAAGGCAGUGUGAGGUUGGUGGAUGGUGGCAGUCGCUGUGCUGGGAGAGUGGAGGUUCUUCAUAGUGUGUGGUGAUGACUGGGAUAUGAGUGGUGCUGCAGUGGUGUGUAGAGAGCUGGGCUGUGGAGAAGCUGUAGAUGCACUGGGCAAAUCUCACUUUGGAUCAGGACCAGGACCAAUCUGGAUGGAUGAUGUGGACUGUAGUGGAUCAGAGUUUACACUGAAGAAAUGUCAAAGGAGAGGAUGGGGUAAACAUAACUGUAAUCACUCUGCAGAUGCUGGAGUUAUCUGUUCAGGAGUCCUGCUGGUUAAUGGCUCUCUCUGCUCUGGAAGAGUGGAGGUUCUUCAUGGAGAGAGCUGGUUCACAGUGUGUGAUGCUGACUUUAACCAGCAGGAUGCAGAGGUUGUGUGUCGGGAGCUGGGCUGUGGUUCUCCUGUGGAGAUUCUGGGAGCAGCUGCUUUUGGUAGAGGGGAGGGUCCGGUGUGGUCAGAGGAGCUUCAGUGUAGAGGAAACGAAUCACAGAUUCACUUCUGUCCAAAAUCAUCUUCACUCAAACACAACUGCUCCCAUGAUAAUGAUGUGGGACUGGUGUGUUCUGAGUAUAAAGAGAUCAGACUGACUGAGGGCUGUGAGGGGAAUCUGGAGGUGUUCUAUAAUGGAACCUGGGGGAAUGUGUGUAACAAUGGGAUGGAUGUAGAAACAAUGGGUCUCAUCUGUCGGGAGCUGAACUGUGGAAGAUUUAAGACUGAGAGAGCUACCAAAGCACGAGUGGAAUCAGCUCCUAACUGGCUGGAUGAUGUAAAAUGUAGGAAACAUGACUCUACUCUGUUUCACUGUCCAUCUUCAUCCUGGAGUCAGAACAAUUGUGAUAGAAGCAGUGAGGUGACUCACAUUACCUGCUCCGGAGAGAAGAAACAGCUUGCAUUUGAAAACCUUCAAAAAUUCUUCUUAUUUCCAAACCAGGGUCAGUGCUCAAAUUACAUGCCUAUUAGGUUGAGAGGAGGAGAGGAAAUCUGUUCUGGGAGGUUGGAGGUGUAUCAUAAUGCUGAGUGGGGGUCUGUAUGUGCUGAUCUGUGGGACAUCAGGGAUGCUCAGGUGGUCUGCAGGCAGCUGGGUUGUGGGCCGGCGCUGAGUGCUAAUAGAAGAGCUGCUGAUGGUUCUGGUGGAGGAACUAUCUGGAUGAACAGAGUGAAGUGUAGAGGGAAUGAGAUUCACCUGUGGGACUGUCCUCAUUCCCUGAAGAUCCACACUGGCUGCUCCCACAGUGCUGGAGUCACCUGUGCAGACAUAUUUGUCACAUUACCUUUUUCAUCUGAAACAACUACAACUUACACCACAGUACCAGCACAGCUAACAGAGAAAAAGACAGUUCCUCCUUCAAAAAUUCCAUCAUCUAAUUUUCCAUACAUCUAUCCAGUGUCUCUCCUGGUUCUGGGAUCUGUGCUCUUCCUGGCCUUAGUGCUUCUGGUUGUGCUGUUUUAUCAGAACAGAGUGCUCAGGAGAGUGAUUUCUAAGGUGAGGAGGAAGACUCUGCUUGAGGCAGUCUAUGAAGAGAUUAACCAUAAAUGUGUCACUAACAGAUAUACUAAAAGAGGAAGUUUUAUCUCUGAAGAUCAGCAUUCAGGAUAUGAGGACGUAGAUGAGGAGCUUCUCUCAGAAAACUAUGGCGAGGUCUAUGAUGAUAUCAUACCUGCUGAAGAGAGCCCACACAUUACAACAGUUAUAUUAAGACUAUGAUGAUGUGGUGGAGGACGUACAGAUGUCUGAAGAAGACGAAUAGACCAACUGACAGAGAUCGACCAGUCUGUCUACUCAGAAAAAUCACUUUUAAUCCAUCUGAAACAAAACUAGGGAACAAAACAUGCAAAUUGUUUUUAGGUAUCUUUUUUAUCAUUUUGUAACAAAUAUUAUUCCUUUUUGCUGGGUUUCUGCUAUCUGAAUUGAAAACAAAAU